GUACCAAAGCAGGGAGGAAAUGAAGUGACUGGAAGUGUGAGCCCAAUCGCCCCGUCCUUAACAACAGCUCACGCUGCUGAACUUUGUUCCCCAGCAAAGAAGGCAGUGAGUGAAUACAUCACCCAGCAGUUUAUAAGUCACCCCGUGGAACCUCAGCAGAGAGGGAAGAGGAGGAGAACAAGACCGAGCGGAACCGACGACAAAGUCAAAACCUUUCAGGAUAAACAGUUGUGUUUUUUUGAUAACUCGUCAAGGCCCUGCAGCUGCCGGCAUGUGGAUGGACUCUAAAGCAGAGGUGGAGUGGGCCAGCAGGACUCGUGCCAGCUUCAGUCGGCGGGUGUCAAACGCUCUGCUGUUGUUCACUGGAGAUAUGGAGUAUUUGGAUAAAUUCAUGGAGGAUAAGUGGUUUGCGCUGCAGCUGGCGGUGUGGGGGCUGCGGGGGGUGAGCAGAGUGAUUCUAGCCAACAACCCACUGAGCGGGGCGCUCAUCCUGGCUGCCUUGUACUGGGACUCCCCCUGGCAGGGCCUGCUGGGAACAGUGGGGGUACUGGCCUCCACGCUCACAGCUGUCAUCACAGGACAGGACAGUGGUGAAGUAGCAGGAGGUCUGCAUGGCUUCAACGGCAUGCUGGUGUCCCUGCUGAUGGGAGUGUUUAGCUCGGCUGGAGACUGGUACUGGUGGCUGCUGCUGCCCGCCUGCCUUGGAUCAGCUACAUGCAUCUUUUUGUACAGCGGACUCUCCACAUUUUUGCAACACUGGGACUUGCCUGCCGCUGUGUUUCCCUUCAACACAAUCAUUAUACUGUAUCUCCUUUGUACGGGCCCAAACAAUCCUUAUUUUCCUCAUCACCCCACCAUCCCGCCCGGAGAACUGGAGCCUAAUGGCACAGAGCUUGCAGCACUAAAGGUUCUUGGUGGUAUCCCUCUUGGUGUGGGACAGAUUUUUGCCUGUGGAGCUCUUAAGCCUUCACUUCUCAUCCUUGGCGCUGUAGUGCUUUACUCUCCACUACUGGCUGUCCAUGCUCUACUCGGAUCAGCGGUUGGAACCCUGGCCGGUUUAUCGGUGGCGGUGCGUCACCAGUGCCUGUACUCGGGGUUGUCCGGGUUUAACGGCGCUCUGGGCUGCAUGGCGGUCGGCGGACUCUUCUUCACUUUCAGCUGGAGGACUCACCUCUUUGCCAUCAGUAGCGCCUUCCUGUCUGCGUACUCUGAUAUCGCUAUGAGUAACAUGUUGGGAGCGUUGGGUCUCCCAGCAUGCAGUUGGGCAGCCACUCUAACAGCCACACUCAUGUUGCUGCUCACCGGUAGCUUAGCAACGUACCGCAUCCCCAUCAGUCGAGUGAGAGCCCCUGAACGCAACUUGUGCUUCCGCAGCCAAUGGGAAGCCGGCAACACAGCGGAUGGAGAGAGCACAGAUGUGUAACAGUCAUCCAUCAGGUCAGAGGGUGGAAGCACAUCUUCAGGAAUGUGUUGUAAACAUUGACAGUAUGUGAGAACUGGACUGGGUGACCCCUCACAUUCCAAACAGGAAGUACCUGCUAACUCCAAGAAGCCAAAAUCCCAUAGACUUCUAUUGUCAGAAUAACAAUUCUUCCUCAACUAUCUUUUUUUUAACAUGUUCUUGUUAAUCCUAUUCUUUUGUAGUUCAAGUUAUUCAAGUUAUAAACUGACCAAUCAGAAGCCUCAUUAAAAAUAGGUGGUCCCUAGUGAAAAAUGAAUUGGAUUAAUUUAGUUGGAGCAGCAAGAAAGUCAUUCUCAUAUACAGUCAAUGGUUGUAAAUGUUUGUAAAAAAAAAAAGAAGCAAAAGACAAAUUUAACUCAUAUUUUUUAUUAUUAAACAUCAACAUUGUUGUUUCAGUAGUUUGCCACCUUUAUUGUCGACCGUUGCUCAUCAUCAAACACAUUAACCAAAUAUAAAAAAAAUAAAAUAAUCAUUAAAACUGUUUUGACAAACAAAAACAAAGUGGAUUCAAUGUAAAAAAAAAUGUUUAAAAAUUACAGUUUUAUCAUUUACAUAUAAAAAAGUGUGGCUUUUACCAUUCAUUUUAACUGAAACCAUUUUGCAGAAACUGCACUGGCUCAAUGUAAACAGACGUUAAUUUACACAAAAACUUUUCUAAUUCCAACAGGGAUCAGCUUAUGAAACUAUUAAGUGUGGUUGGCUUUAAAACACUAUUGCUAAUUUCGGUGAUUGAAGUGUUUCUUUUUUUGUUUAAAGAAAAAUAAAAAAGGAAUUGAUGAAUCAUCAUUUUUCCACUCACAGUGCUUCCGUUUCAGGAUUUGAAAGAACUUUCACCAACCCUGUUUCCGAACUCUUCACCAAAACCACAGACGUUUUUAACAUGAAAGAAACUCAUUUAAAAAUGACUCAAAGAAAAAAA